CUCGCCAACAGUUUUGUCCUCUUGUCGCUCUGUCUCUCGCUCUCGGCCGACGACCGAAGUCGCACGGCAGAGCACCGCCGCGCCGCGCCGGGGAAGAGGGGGAGGGGGAGAUGACGGUGGGGAUGAUCAACGCGAACCCGGUGGUGCACGAGCGGCCGGAGCGCGCCGCCCACCCCGCGCACGCGGCGCUCGACGCGCUCGACGUCUUCGAUACGGUGCGGGACAUCAAGGACCCGGAGCACCCCUACUCGCUGGAGCAGCUCAGCGUGCUCUCCCAGGAGUCCGUCUCCGUCGACGAGAAGCUCGGCCACAUCCAGAUAACCUUCACCCCAACUGUGCAACACUGCAGUAUGGCCACAGUGAUUGGUCUGUGCCUCAGGCUUAAAUUGAUGCAAAACUUUCCUCCGCAUUACAAGAUUGACAUAAAAGUUGCUCCAGGAUCUCUUGCUAAUGAAGAAUCAGUAAACAAGCAGCUGAACGACAAGGAGAGAGUCGCGGCGGCCUUGGAGAACCCCAACCUCCGGCAGUUGGUGGACGAUUGCCUCUGCUCAGAUCACUCAUCCUCAUAUUAGCUCGUCCCUGAUGCCUCACAACCUGUCUGUUGUACAGCAAUAAUAAGCAGGCAUUUUGUGUUUUGCCCAAUACUGUACCUGAUUUUCGAGAGAAAGACACUAUACCUGGUCAUGUAUGUGCCAUUCUUUUCUGCUAGUUGUAUGCUACCA